AACCUGUUGAUCCACCUCAGUCGAUAUUGAGAGUCCGAUCCGUGAUCCCGCAGAGCACAAACAGCCAAAAAAUGACCAAGACCAGAGUUUACGUUAUCGGAGUGGGCAUGACCAAGUUCGAAAAGCCCGGUCGUCGAGCUGAUGUUUGCUACCCGGACUUCGCCAAGGAGGCUGUUACGAAGGCUCUCCAGGAUGCGGGCAUCAAGUUCGAGGAAGUGCAGCAGGCGGUGGCUGGCUACGUGUACGGAGACUCCACCUGCGGACAGCGGGCUAUCUACGAGGUGGGCAUGACCGGCAUUCCGGUCUACAAUGUGAACAACAAUUGCUCCACGGGAUCGAGUGCCCUGUAUCUGGCCAAGCAGAUUGUCGAGGGUGGAAACGCCGACUGCGUCCUGGCCCUGGGAUUCGAGAAGAUGGAACGUGGAUCCCUGUCCUCAAAGUACUUUGAUCGCGCCAAUCCCAUGGAGCGUCACAUUACCGAGAUGGGAGAGCUGACCGAGAUCGGACCUGGCCCCAUGGCUGCCCAGAUCUUCGGAAACGCUGGCAAGGAGCACAUGAAGAAGUACGGCACCAAGCCCGAGCACUUUGGCAAAAUCGCCUGGAAGAACCACAAGCAUUCGGUUAAUAAUCCCUACUCCCAGUUCCGCGAUGAAUACACCCUGGAGCAAAUUAUGAAGUCGCCCCAGGUUGUGGAGGGCGUGCUGACCAAGUUGCAGUGCUGUCCCACUUCCGAUGGAUCAGGAGCAGCUAUUCUCGCCUCGGAGGCCUUCGUCCGCCGUCAUGGAUUGGAGAAGCAGGCAGUUGAGAUUGUGGGCAUGGAGAUGGCCAGUGAUCCGGCGUCUACCUUUGCCGACAAGAGCCUGAUGAAGAUUGCUGGAACAGACAUGACCCGUCUGGCCACUCAGCGCCUGUUCGCCAAGAGCGGCUACAAGCCCCAGGAUGUCCAGGUGGUGGAGCUGCACGAUUGCUUCUCGGCCAACGAAUUGGUCACCUAUGAGGCACUUGGUCUGUGCGGAGAGGGCAAGGCCGGCGAGUUCAUCGACGCCGGAGACAACACCUACGGUGGAAAGUUCGUGGUCAACCCCAGUGGUGGUCUGAUCUCCAAGGGUCAUCCUCUGGGAGCCACUGGUCUGGCUCAAUGUGCUGAGCUCUGCUGGCAGCUCCGUGGAUUGGCCGAGAAACGCCAAGUGCCCAAUGCCCAGUUGGCUCUGCAGCACAAUCUUGGUUUGGGAGGAGCCGUGGUGGUGGCUCUGUAUCGUCUGGGUUUCCCGGGUGCCUCGAAGGCAAAGUUGUAAAGGAUAUGAACUGUUUUAAAUGUAUUUACUGCGGUUUUCUUGAAAUUUCCAAUGCACAGACGUGUUAGGAUUAGUCUUCCAGGGCUUAUCAACAAAAUAAUGUAACACAAUUUAUGUUAAACUAAUAAGUAAAAAUAUUUUCGUGAGAUGCCAACAUACUUUAAGUAAAUCGCUCUGACUUGAAAUCGAAAAUGGUUGUAAAAAACGAGAACAAACUAUUUGAUCUAAACGUAA